AUGAAAUCUACAGUAUUGAUUCUUCUUUGUUUGGCGCACUUGUUUUCACUGCUGGUAAAAGAGACUGAUUGUAUCGGGGGAUCGUCCGUUAUGAAAGGAAAAAAUAGGAAGGUAAUGACCAUUUUUUUAUUGUCAUAAUUGUUAUGAUAACAACAAUUCCAACGGGAAGGAGGCUAAACCAACUUUCUAGCUGGUUGCGCCUUUUAGUGUUCAUUGUCACGUUUUUUGCUUAAUCGGUGUUUGUCAUCAACCAAAAGAAAAUGUGGUCGUCUUUAAACUACAGAGAAACCUUUCACGAUGAUUAAACAGACAUCAACGGAACCAUCACUCGCUUCGUGAGAGGCGAGCUUUAUUAAAAUAAAGCUCACUUCUCACGAAGACUGGUUUAAUUAUUACACAAAAUAUGGUAUGAAAAGUUCAUGACUUUCCGAGGCUAGUAUUUUUCUAACACAGGGUGCUUACAUGUAUUUAAAAUGGUUUCCCUCAAGUACAGAAAUAAUUUUUUUCUUUUUUUCAGGAGACGAGGCUGAACUACCGGCGCAACAUUUGUGCAGCCGCUCGUGAGUUGGAUUGCAAACGGGAAUUAGAGGAGGAUCGGCAGCAGGAGCUGUGGUAA